UUUUCUAUAUGUUCUUAGUUUUCCCCUUGUACAAUUUUUAGACAGCAAGAGCGACAUUACGUACUGUACAUAACAGUACACCAAAAAUUAGGGCAGCGCUGUGAAUGGGUCACUAGCAAGUUGCCACGUUCUCUAUAAGCUUAUUGUGUCUGGGAACAACACUGGUACAUUUCUCAAGAUGGGAGGCACCGGCACCCUUGGACUGGAAAAUUGCUGAUGUAGUACCCACCCAUAAAAAGGGUGACAAAACUGGACCUGAAGUAUCUACAGUAUAGACCCAUAAUUCUGAAGAUGGGAUGAAGGCAUUGUUCUAUUGAUAAACAGGGCAUAAAGUGUUUCUUUCUCAUGAUUUUUACUAGGAUUGACAUUUAACCAAAACCUUGAUAAUUCACCUCACCAUCACCUGGGCCAAAUCCACUCUCUCACUAAUAAGGUGAUUUAGUGUUUGUACAAAAGUCAAACUCACUUUGCUGUAUUACGCACAGCUUCACUGAAACAAGGAAGCGAGGCUGUUGAACUACCAAAACAUCUCGGGACACCACCACAUUCCCUCUCACCCAUUGGACAAGAAGGUGCUUAACCUCUCCCUCACCAUCACUCAUCUGUCCAUCCAAGACUCCUGCCAAAAUGUCUGAAGAAACACCUGAAGCUUUUAAAGGCAUCCGACAGAAACCAGGUCUGCAAAUAUGGACUAUAAAUAAAAUGGAAAUGGUUCCAGUCCUUGAACAAGCCUAUGGAAACUUCUUUGAAGGUGACUGCUACAUUGUGCUUCAUGGAAAUCAGGACUCACGUCAGCCUAUGAAUGUGCAUUAUUGGAUUGGGAAAGAGUCUUCUCAAGAUGAGCAGGGAGCAGCUGCUAUCUACGUGACACAGCUGGAUGAUUACUUAGGAGGAAGCCCGAUUCAGCACAGAGAGGUGCAGGGAAAUGAGUCCCCCAAAUUCCGAAGCUACUUCAAGAAUGGGAUUGUUUACAAGAAGGGUGGAGUAGCUUCUGGUUUCCAACACAUAGAGCCCAACGUGUACAACAUCCUGCGCCUCCUUCAUGUCAAAGGGAGGAAGCAUGUCUCAGCCACAGAGGUUGAAGUUUCCUGGAACAGUUUCAACGUUGGAGAUAUAUUCUUGCUGGACAUGGGGAAAGUGAUUGUGCAGUGGAAUGGCCCUGAGAGCAACAGGAGAGAGAAAUUAAAGGCGAUGCUGCUGGCCCAAGAUAUCCGGGAUCGCGAGCGAGGUGGCAGAGCUCAGAUUGGCCUUGUGGAAGGCAGUGAUGAGGCUGAUUACCCAGAGCUCAUGAAGGUCAUGAAGGCUGUUUUGGGAGAGAGGAAAGGCAAGCUGAAGGAGGCUAUUCCUGAUGACCAGCCUGACCUGAACCAGACGGCCAACGUUAGACUCUAUCAUGUUUCAGAAUCUGGUGGUAACCUGGUUGUGCAGGAGAUCGCAACUCAACCCUUGACUCAGGACCUGCUCAAGUCCUCGGAAUGUUACAUUGUGGACCAGGGUGGCGCCACAGUCUUCGUGUGGAAAGGCAAGGAUGCCUCCAGGGAGGAGCGCCACUCUGCUGUGGGGAGAGCAGUGGGUUUCAUCAAAGCCAAAAACUACCCCUCUACCACCAAUGUGGAAGUGAUGACCGACGGAGCAGAGUCAGCAAUGUUUAAACACCUCUUCAAAUCCUGGAGAGUCAAGGGACAGACACAGGGCCUGGGCAAGACUUAUUCUGUGGGCAGGAUUGCCAAGGUAGAUCAGACGAAGUUCGAUGUGAUGGAGCUUCACGCCAGACCAGAACUUGCAGCUGAGCAGAGGAUGGUGGAUGAUGCCUCUGGAACAGUGCAGGUGUGGAGGAUUGAAAAUCUUGAACUCCAAGAGCUCCACCCCAGCUCCUAUGGCCAGUUCUAUGGAGGAGAUUGUUACCUGGUGCUCUACACUUACAUGAAGUCCAACAAACCUCAUUAUAUUCUCUACAUGUGGCUGGGGCGCCAUGCAACUCAGGAUGAGAUCACCGCGUGUGCUUACCAGGCAGUCAAUAUGGAUAAUAAGUACAAUGGUGCUGCAGUGCAGGUCAGGGUGACUAUGGGGAAGGAGCCUCGGCACUUUCUGGCCAUUUUCAAAGGGAAACUCGUUAUUUAUGAGGGUGGGACAAGCCGUGCUGGCGUAGUGAAACCUGAACCAGGUGCCAGGCUCUUCCAGGUCAGAGGCACUAAUGAAUUCAACACAAAAGCCACUGAGGUUCCAGCCCGGGCAUCCUCCCUCAACACAAACGACGUCUUCCUUCUGAAAACCGACCGGGUCUGUUAUGUGUGGUCUGGCAAGGGGUGCAGUGGGGAUGAGAGAGAAAUGGGCAAGUCUGUGGCCGAUGUCAUCUCCAGGCAAGACAAGCAGACAGUCCUGGAGGGCCAGGAACCUGCAGAGUUCUGGGUGGCUCUGGGAGGGAAAGCUCCUUACACCAGCGACAAGAGGUUCCAGCAGGAGAAGCCGCCACACAAGCCACGGCUGUUUGAGUGUUCCAACCAGACGGGCCGCUUCGUGAUGACUGAAGUGGACGACUUUGCCCAGGAUGACUUGGAUGAGGAUGAUGUCAUGCUGCUUGAUACCUGGGAGGAGGUCUUCCUAUGGAUUGGCCAGCAGGCCAAUGAGUGUGAGAAGAAGGAGUCUUACAUUAGUGCUGUUGAGUACCUGAAGACUCACCCAGCAGGAAGAGACCCUGGGACCCCUGUCAUCAUGGUGAAGCAGGGUUUUGAGCCACCCACUUUCACUGGCUGGUUCAAUGCCUGGGACCCUCACAAGUGGAGUGGUGGCAGAUCCUAUGAGGAAAUGAAAAAGAAACUGGGAGAUGUUUCAGCGAUUUCACAAAUUACUGUUGAUUUCAACAACACAGACCUGAACAGGUGGAGCAGUGGUGCCACCUACAGUGCACCUGGGGGACCUGCAGGCCCCUCUCCUGUGUACAAAUCCCAAAGCAGUAUACAGUCCAAACCCCAGGCCAGUCUAGCAGUCUCCAAGGGCAACACGUCAGGCCUUGCUGCUGAACUGCUGAUCAACAAAACAGUGAAUGAGCUCCCUGAGGGUGUGGACCCAGCAAGAAAAGAGGAGUAUCUCUCGGAUGCUGAUUUUGAGGCCAUGAUCGGGGCAACGCGCUCGGAUUUCUACCGUAUGCCUGCUUGGCGCCAAAAACACCUAAAGAAGGAAGCAGGGCUUUUCUGAGACCAAGCAAGCGGUGUACUUUAAAGACAUGAGAUAAUGAAAUAUCAGCCUACUGUGUGUAAUGUAGACUAUGUCAUUAUCUAACCCAGAAGUCAAAUACAUUAUUCAAGUGUUCAAAUGGGCAUAUCCAAUACUUCUUCAUGCGUUGAGAAGAACAUAGUGCUUUAUAAAUGAUAAUAAGAGUAACAUUAUCCAUGUCCUUCUUUAAUAAAUUUGCUACAAAAUGUACUGACAUAUAUAAAUAUAGAAAUUGAUCCUUUCAGGUCCUGAAUAACAGGAUUGGAUGUUAUCCCUUGCAUGAUCAAUUCCUCCAUCCAUUCCAGUGAAUGAGAAUGCAGAAUGCAUUGCCACACCAUUGCACAUUCAUUACCAAAUUGAUUUAGGAAUAUUGAAGUGUUUUCUAAUUUUACUUUUUAUUUUAAAUGAAAAUUUUAAAAGGUAACUGCAACCUGAAAAAUGCUUCCUAGCCAUCAUAAGUCAGGGCUACUUAGCUCUGGUUCAAGAGGGCUUUAGUCCUGAAUGUAUUUUCACAAUAUAAAUCUCAUAACUUUCGCAACAACGUCUGGACGACUGUCCUCAAAGGCCCAGAAUUAUGUGCUUGUCUUAAGCAUUCCUUUUAACCACAGUGUUCCAUGUUCCUUUUCACAAUGCUGUCAACACUGCACUGUUAAACCCACAGCUGUAUUACCUGCUGCCCCUUGCCUGGAAAGCAACACAGCAGAAGAAUGAAAUCUAGAGAUGAUUCUCAAGAGGGGCAAUUGCUCUUCCAAUGCAAUAAACUUUGUUUACAAAUCA